UGGUCCACCCCCAAGACCCUCACCACUCCUCAGAGAAGCCUGUCAUUCAUUGCCACAAAUGCGGGGAGCCAUGCAAGGGCGAAGUGCUUCGUGUCCAGACCAAGCAUUUCCACAUCAAAUGUUUCACCUGCAAAGUGUGUGGCUGCGACCUGGCCCAGGGAGGCUUCUUCAUAAAGAGCGGGGACUAUCUGUGCACCCUGGACUACCAGAGGAUGUACGGGACACGGUGCCACGGCUGCGGGGAGUUCGUGGAGGGCGAGGUGGUCACGGCCCUGGGCAAGACCUACCAUCCCAGCUGCUUUGCCUGUACCAUCUGCAAGCGCCCGUUCCCACCCGGAGACCGAGUCACCUUCAAUGGGAGAGACUGCCUUUGUCAGCUCUGUGCACAGCCUGUGUCUUCCAGCCCUAAAGAAGCCACCUGCUCCAGCAACUGCGCUGGCUGCGGAAGGGACAUUAAGAACGGGCAGGCCCUGCUGGCUCUGGACAAGCAGUGGCAUUUGGGCUGCUUCAAGUGCAAGUCCUGUGGGAAGGUCCUCACCGGCGAGUACAUCAGCAAGGAUGGCUCCCCAUACUGUGAGAAGGACUACCAGGGUCUCUUCGGAGUCAAGUGUGAGGCCUGUCAGCAGUUUAUCACAGGAAAAGUCCUGGAGGCAGGGGACAAGCAUUACCACCCCAGCUGUGCGCGAUGCAGCAGAUGCAACCAGAUGUUCACAGAAGGGGAGGAGAUGUACCUGCAAGGUUCUACCGUGUGGCAUCCGGACUGUAAGCAGUCCACGAGGACAGAGGAGAGGCUAAGGCCCACCAGGACAUCCUCUGAGAGUAUUUACUCCAGACCAGGCUCCAGCAUCCCUGGCUCGCCAGGCCACACCAUCUAUGCAAAGGUUGACAAUGAGAUCCUGGAUUACAAGGAUUUAGCAGCCAUCCCCAAGGUCAAGGCAAUCUAUGACAUCGAACGCCCGGAUCUCAUUACGUACGAGCCUUUCUACACAUCAGGCUACGAGGACAAGCAGGAGAGACAGAGCCUUGGAGAGUCUCCGAGGACUUUGUCUCCCACUCCAUCUGCAGAAGGCUGCCAGGAUGCCCGGGAUCGGAUGAUCCACAGGUCCACCAGCCAGGGCUCCAUCAGUUCCCCGGUGUACAGCCGCCACAGCUACGCCCCGACCACGUCCCGCUCACCCCAGCAUUUCCACCGCCCCGAGCUUUUGUGUCCUGGUGCACACAGGUGGUCCCCCCUGCGAACCAGCAGCUUCAGCUGCUCGCACAGCGACUCCCGUCCUAACCCCCCCUUCCGACACCACUUCCUCCCCCAUGGCAAAGGCAACGAGCCGUCCAGCGGCCGGAACUCCCCUCUCCCUUACCGGCCCGACAGCCGCCCUCUAACUCCAACUUACGCUCAGGCCCCCAAACAUUUCCAUGUUCCAGAUCAAGGGAUCAACAUUUACCGAAAGCCACCCAUCUACAGACAGCAUGCUGCCUUGGCAGCCCAGAGCAAGGCUUCAGAAGAAAUCAUCAAGUUUUCCAAGUUCCCUGCAGCCCAGGCGCCAGAUCCCAGCGAGAUUCCAAAGAUUGAGACGGACCAAUGGCCCGGUCCCCCCUCCCUUGCCGCUGUAGGAACGGACAUGAGGCGCAGAUCUAGUGGCAGAGAGGAAGAUGAGGAGGAGCUUCUGAGACGCCGGCAGCUUCACGAAGAGCAAUUGAUGAAGCUCAACUCGGGCCUGGGGCAGCUGAUUCUGAAGGAAGAGAUGGAGAAGGAGAGCAGAGAAAGAGCGUCCCUGCUGGCCAGUCGCUAUGAUUCGCCCCUGCACUCAGCUUCGUGUGCUCCUUCCUCGAAAACCUCAUCUCUCCCCGGUUAUGGAAAGAAUGGCCUUCACCGGCCCGUUUCCACCGACUUCGCUCAGUACAACAGCUACGGGGACGUGAGCGGCGGAGUCCGGGACUACCAGACCCUACCAGAUGGCCACAUGCCAGCAAUGAGAAUGGAUAGAGGCGUGUCCAUGCCCAACAUGCUGGAACCAAAGAUAUUUCCAUAUGAAAUGCUCAUGGUGACCAACAGAGGGCGCAACAAAAUCCUAAGAGAUGUGGAUAGAACCCGGCUGGAGCGCCACUUAGCCCCAGAAGUAUUUUGGGAAAUCUUUGGGAUGUCCAUACAGGAAUUUGACAAGUUACCUCUUUGGAGACGCAACGACAUGAAGAAAAAAGCUAAGCUCUUCUAACUCCCUCAAGUGAACGGCCAUCGGAAAGAGGACUCAGCGGCCGAGCUGCCUAGAACGUUGUGCUAAGGCCCAGAACCGAUUAGAGAAUUUACUCACCACCGUCUCCCAGGAGCAACACGAGGGCAAAUCUGAUCUCCAUGCCCGCAUCCUGGGCCAAGCAACAAUGGGAUAGGACUUUCUGUGUUCCCAGACUCAGCAGUAAUGUCCACGCGUGGCCUGUUCAUGUCACUUUGUGUCCACACAGGGUCUUCUUUCUCCAUUUCAUUUUCCCCUUUAACUGAUGUCUAACUGCGUGCUGCCUGUACUGGUGAGAGUCAGCAAGUGCCCUUAGGAAGCCGCACGGGAGAGGGAUGACUGGGCGUCCUGAAGAGCAGUCUAUUUAUUACGUAUCACUGUGGCUGAGGAGGCUCCAGGGGCCGCAGCAACCUGGUGGCAGCAGCUCGGCCUUUCCCUGGCAGCCUCCCUCAGGUGUGCCUGGGCUCUGGGGGAAUGAAUCACCAUCAGGGAGCAGGUAGCUCCAAGUGCGUGGCUGAGAACCAGCAAAAAUGAUUUAAAUAAGCACGUGUUCUCUUCCUGUAUGCUGGGACCUGGCUGGCCAACUGCUAGGGGGAAAAAUUAAAGAGAAAGGAAAAGGAAAAAGGAAUGAAGGAAGCCCUCCCUGAAUGCUUUUUCUGCUUAGGAUGAUGUGUUCAAUGCUUUCUCCCUACAAACUGACAGGAGCUGGUGUGCUCACCCUUGCAAAGACAGGAAAGGCAAAAAGAGCUUCCAGACUGGUCCAGCUGCUGGUAGGUGAUGUUGGUUCAUGAGUCAUGACUCUCUUAGAGAAAGUCUGUGCCUGGCUGCCGCCACAGGUCUGCCCUCAGGGUCCCCCGCCAUCUGUCUGGCUAGGGGUCAGGUCAAGCCCACGCUGGCUUUGUAUUUUAAGGGCGUAGACUGAAGGAUGGCAUGUUCUUCUUCAGAUCUACAACCCUGAAGUAGACGGCAUCACACAGAGCCCCCGUGGCCUGGUUUAAGUUUCCUUCUUGCCUAGCCUAACAUGUAUUCAGUGUGUAACUCACCUAGGACGGUUCUAUGGGUCUAUAUGUGCUUUGUAAUUUCUGCUUAAAUGCUGACCACACUGUGCUGUGGCUUUAAAGGGGCAUUUGCACAAGAGCAUGUAACCAAAAAUCAAGAGUGAGGCUCAGGGGUGCUCAGCAUAUCCCGGGAGCUGGAGAGACUCACGCUGGGUUCAGACUGUGGACCGCAGAAGUAAGGCCACGCUAGGUCAGGGCUCAGAACUUCUCACAGACCCCUUCCACACCAGUCUCCCAGGCCCGUGUCAGAUCUGUCAGGUAACAGGAGGGCUGUCGUGCUGGCCUGGAUAGAUGGGUCCCACUCCUCGGGAGACAGAUUGCAAAAGUGGGUUUCUCCCGCGGCUUCUGGUUUCUCCCCAGGUUUUCAUUGUUUGGCCUAGAUGCCCUGCCCGGCACUGGCUGCCUCCCAGCACAAGGUCUGUGCCACCUGCUUCUCAUGUUACCCUGGCAGCGAGCAGGAUGGGGAGAAAGGAACAGUUGGCAGAGCUGGUGGCCUAGUGGAAGGCUUUACGCAGUAGGGAGAUAAAUGUUAUCACUCCCAAUUGUGCUGGUGAGAAAAACCAAAGUGUUCAGGAGACAGGUCAUUGCUAAGAUUCCAUGCCUGCUCUCCAUACAGUUAAUGUGGCUCUGUCUUGACAUGGGAAAAUUCAGCUGAAAUGGAGGACAGUCUUUCUCUUUAUGCUGCAGAGGGCCUUGAGUGGGUUAAAGGACAUGCCUAGGAUUGCAAUAAUUGAAGAACUGAACUCUUAAAUUCUUGCAAUAACAAAACUCUGCUUUCUUGACCAUUUGAACUCAGUUCUCCAUCUAAUUUGCAAACAAAGUUUGCAUUCCACAUCAGUGCAGUAGUUCAUUUAAACUGUAUCAUGCAAAAAUGUACUGCUAGGAAACCCUGUAAGGGCCCUGCUGCUCUGGGAGAGGAUUGUCCCGCCCAGAACCUCACUCCGUUCCUGGCAGAAGAUUCCAGAAGGGCGCACUGAUGAAGGGCUGGUUCUAACAGCCAGACCCAGCGUCUGUGACAUUAAGGGCUCUACAGGAUUGGCACGCCCAGAGCCUGGCAUGGGAGAGGUGUGUGCCUCACUUUACCGACCCAGUGGCUGAAAAGCAAAGCAGCUUGCUCCCCGGGGGAUUCUGUGGACGGCAGACUUGGUGCGUACAUUAAGGGCUCUACUUUUUAGCAUUUGACUUCUGUGUGACUUGAUACAGAUUGCAUGGCCUAGAAGAGGCUUCCAGGGCCACCUGGUUGUCUCAGUGCUUCCUUCAAAACCCCUCCUGGAGAGUCCAGGCUCUCGUGUCGUCUUCCUGUGCAACCUAUUAGGGAUGUGAAAAGCCUUUGAAAACAGCUAGCUCUGCACUUUCAUACUCACGUGGAGUUUGUCAUGAAAUAUUUUUAAUAUCACUCCUUUGACAACUAAAUAUGAACUGCCUGUUCUCCGGAACCUCAGAGAGAAAAGCUGGAGUAAAUAGGAACUAAGGUGCAAAAACAGGGAGGGAGGAUAGUUUUCUAUCUGUCCUGUCCUCUGUUCUCCCAAGUCCUGAUUCUGUUGCCUCCAGCCCGAGCCUCCCCUCUCCCAGGGCACCCGCCUUUGUCAUUUCCAUCUGUCUUCUGUGGGUCACCUCCACUGUGGGGAGCCUCAGCUGCUGAUGUUUCUAAAGCAGGCAUCUUUUCUAGUGAUUGCUUCCCAUGAUUCUGUCAAACUUUUGCAAGUUUAAAAGAAUUCAAAUUAACCUCUUUUGAGUCUUUGUUAAAAAAGAAAAUAUCUCAAGCAAACUCGAAGUGGCACCCAAGGCGUGUUGCAGGAGCAGGCAGGGCCCCAGGCCAUGUGCUCCAUGAACUCUGGCUCAGAAAGAAUUUCUGGUAACUGUCAAUCUGUGCUUUCUGUGCCCACCUCCAUUUUGAGUUUCAUUCUUUUUCUUCUUUAGAAAAAGCAAGGCUUUAUACACUUCAAAUUCAUUCUUUUGUGCCCCUUUAAGAACUUUGUACCCAGAAAAAGAUGGUCGGGGCUUUGGGUUUGCAGUUACGUGUCUUCCGUGGGUAACACACAGGGAACGGCACCCCUCUGCUGGAACAGGACAAAUGCCUUCAGCAUCUGCAAGAUUACUGUUUCCAUUUUCUACCCGUGGAGCAGAGGGCGAUGGUGACAAAUGGAUGGGAGAUCGCUUCCACUUGCCUGUGUUUAGUGUAAAAGCUCACCAAGGAAGGGACUGCCUCAAGGGGACACUCUCAGCAGCGACUGUGCUCAGCAAAGUCAACAAAGCCAGCCUGUUCUCCCCAGGCUUGAUGUCAUCGAGUGGCGUCAUUACUAAUUCUGUCCUGCAUCUCCCAAGAGCGGCAGCGAGCCACUUCCCAGGGUGAAAGAUGGAAAGACAUAAGUCUGCAUGUAUCAUGUUCAGAAAGGUUCUGAUGGACAUGCAAAUAUUUUACCUUAUGGAAGUGAAGACAGUUGUCCAAUGAAUUGGUGUUUGGGGGGUGGGGAGGGUUUGUACAGAUGUAUCUGGUGGUAAAUGUAGGCGGUUUCCGUGAGACGCCAAAGCCCCUGAAUUGAAUCUCUUCUAAGUAUGGUCACUGGGAUCGAUCACCUCAUGAAAGGCCUGCCCACCCUCCCUGCCUUCCUUUCCCUUCCCUUGUGAUAUGAAAGCAAAUGUUCAGAAGUCUGUGUGAAGCUGUCUCAUGUUCCCUGUGGAAUCCAGUCUAUGUGUGUCUGCCUGAGCACCCGGUGCUUGGGCGUGGAGGAGGGCUGGACCUGCAGGCCUCACGGAGCUCCCCCAGCUGCCCUGCAUCCGGGUUGCAGGCAGCACACAGCACCCUCCUUCACCUCUGUACUCAGCUCCGUGAAUAAAGUGACAUGCUUCCUCCCUGA